AUGACUAAUUUCCCGGGACCGAAUAAUGAAGUUGAUCCUUACGCCCUUAUCGCCAUGACCACGUCGUUUUUAUCGUCUAUGAGCUCGUCGAGCACAGGCAGUGGUACUUCGUCUGUAAACCCUUCGGGUGCAUUCGUUUUCCAGAGGUCAGGGGAAGACAAUUUCAAGAUUUAUAACGGAACGAGUCUGAGCAAAAUAAAGAAACAUGAUGAACCGGUAAUGAAUGUGAUAUUCCAGGGUAAUAAGGUCGAUUUGUAUAAUGACGAGAAGAAGUGUAUCGCUACUGCGAGGCAUGCAGAAAAGAAGAAAGCAUAUUAUACCACACUAAUCAUAAAAGACUGCCCGGUGAUCAUCGUCGAUAGAAAGUCAUCGUUCACCCUAGUAGAUGGCACACCAUGUAGGCCAGUAAUUGACAAUAAAACUAUCACAAUCAUAGAUGACAGGAGCAAACUUGCCUUGGCUUCUUUCGAACUAAACACUCGUUCAUUUACAAAACAUGGCGUUCUCAGAUUGUUUGCACCACAUUUGAGCAACGAGAGCCUUUCAUUUAUGUUCAUUUCUAUCAUAGUUUUGCUGAAGUUACAACGUGAUAGAGAAUCGUACACUAACAUCUCGGGUAUCAUAUAA